AUGGGAAGUACAGGAUUUCUUGGAAAAGUCUUGAUUGAAAAAUUAUUACGAAGUUGUCCCGAUAUUUCUACAAUUUAUCUGCUAAUACGUACGAAAAAAGACAAAUGUCCCGAGACUCGACUAGAUGAAAUAUUUCAAAUACCGCUUUACAAUCUAUUGAAAAAAGAAAUGCCCGAUUUUCGCAAAAAAAUCGUGCCGAUUGUAGGCGACCUAAAUAUCGAAAAUUUUGGAUUGUCAGAAGCUGAUAAGAACAUACUCAUAAAUAAGGUAUCUAUAAUCUUUCAUGUAGCAGCAAAUGUGCGUUUCAACGAGAGCAUCAAAGUUUCUACGAUAAUAAACGUUAGUUCUGUCGAUACUAUCUUAAAAAUUGCAAAGUGCAUGCCAAAUUUAAAGUCACUUAUUCAUGUAUCUACAGCUUAUGCAAAUUGUUAUGUUAAAUAUGUUGAAGAACGUUUCUAUACAUAUCCUAUUAAUUACAAAGAACUUAAUACAUUAAUACAUACCUUACCCGAAAACGUAUUUGAGAAAAAGAUAGCUAAAAUUAUUUCACAAUGGCCUAAUACAUAUACAUUCACAAAAGCAAUUGCGGAAGGACUUAUCAGAGAUGAAAGCGAAGAUUUGCCCAUUGGAAUAUUUCGACCUUCGAUAGUUUUAUCCAGUGCUAAUGAACCAUUUGGCGGAUGGAUUGACAAUACAUAUGGACCAAUAGGCAUAUUGCUAUCUUCGCUACUUGGUAUCGCAACAUUUUUAUAUUCUUUUAAACAUGUUAGGGCAGAUGUGGUACCCGUUGAUUUUACUGUAAACGCUUUAAUAGUUAGUGCAUAUGACGUCUUUAACCAACAUAGGAGAGGCAAAGAUAUGUUAAUUUAUAAUUUCGUGUCACCAGUUGAUGGGCCUACUUGGAAUAACUACAAGAACAAAUUGUUUGUCGUUAAUAAAAUAUAUCCGUUGCAUAGUGCUAAAUGGUUUCCCAAAGGUUUAAUUAUCCAAAAUAAAGUACUAUAUAACAUUUGUACUUUUUUCGGUCAUUUUCUUCCGGCUUUAUUUAUAGAUGCUGCAACCAUCUGCAUUAAACGUAAACCAAAGUAUGCCUAAAAAAUAAACAUAAUUAUUAUUAUUUUAAUAAUAUAUAUUUAAUAGUAUACAUACAAAUUACUAUUAUGUCUCUAUGUAUGGAAGAUUAUAACUUUAAUUAUUUCAGUAUGUUAAAAAUGUAUAAGAAGUUCCAUCAUACUACUAAAGCAGUAGAAUAUUUUUGUACUAAUGAAUGGAAUUAUUCCACUAACAACGUUAAAACAAUGUGGGAUAAUCUUAACGAAAAAGAUCAACUAUUAUUCAAAUUCAAUAUGGAGAAAUUUAACUGGUCAAAAUAUUUAACUGAGCAGUACAUGGGUUUACGCCGUUAUAUACUCAAAGAAGAUGAUAACACCAUAACAAUCAGUCGUAUUAAAUAUAAGAGAUUUUAUUGGCUACACCAAAUGAUGAAAACUGUAUUUGUUCUUAUUUUUUUUUAUAUUAUCUGGAUCAUAUAUACAAAAAUAUUUAUA